CGAGGUGGUUUUCUUUCUUACUGCGGCGGUUGGGCAUCUGAAAAUGCUCCCAUCACCCACUCCUCCAUUCUGCCCUCUCCCCACUGCUUCUCUCUCUUCAUCGAACUCUCUCGCAUCUUCUGCACUCAAUGAACUGUUAUUAACCAACUCCAUUGGAUCAAAUCUUCUGAAACCAUCCGAGACAUACAUACUCUGUGUUUAGAGAGAGAAGAAGGGGAGAGAGCGUGCGAUUUUAUUUGGGAGAAGGAGAAAUUAUCAAAUUGAACAUGCAUCGGGAAGAUCUGGAGAGCAGGGGAACGAAGAACAGAGGGACCGACUACUCAUCUGCAUAUGUUUUGGAGGAUUCUGAGACCCAAUGGACUUCUUGGUUGGUUCCCAUGUUUGUGGUGGCCAACGUUGCCAUGUUCGUGGUUGCUAUGUACAUCAACAAUUGUCCCAAGAACCACAGUUCUGGGUUUGAAGGGAAGUGCGUGGGAAGGUUUCUGGGCAGGUUCUCGUUUGAGCCUCUCAGUCUCAAUCCUCUCUUUGGUCCUUCUUCUUCCACAUUGAAGAAGUUGGGGGCUCUUCAUCAGGCUAAAGUGGUAGACAAGCAUCAAGCAUGGAGGCUUGUCACGUGUAUCUGGUUGCAUGCUGGUGUCAUCCACCUGCUUGCUAAUAUGUUGAGCCUGGUCUUCAUUGGUAUUCGCCUUGAACAGCAAUUCGGAUUCGUGCGGAUUGGAAUUAUCUAUCUGUUGUCAGGAUUGGGUGGGAGCAUACUUUCCUCCUUAUUUAUUCGAAAUAACAUCUCAGUAGGCGCCUCCGGUGCUCUAUUCGGGCUUCUUGGAGCAAUGCUUUCAGAGCUUAUUACUAAUUGGACUAUUUAUACCAACAAGGCUGCAGCACUAUUGACUCUCUUGGUCAUUGUGGCCAUUAACCUGGCUGUUGGAAUUCUUCCCCAUGUUGAUAAUUUUGCCCAUAUUGGGGGAUUCCUAUCAGGUUUCUUGCUCGGCUUUAUUUUUCUGCCCCGGCCUCAGUUCGGGUGGAUGCUGCGCCAGAAUCUCCCACCUGAUGUUCGCGUCAAAUCCAAAUACAAGGUUUACCAAUACAUUUUGUGGUUGGUAUCACUGGCUGCACUGACUGCAGGAUUUGCUGUGGGAUUGGUAAUGCUGUUCCGGGGGGUGAACGGGAAUGAUCACUGCAGCUGGUGCCACUACCUGAGCUGUGUUCCUACCUCUAGAUGGAAGUGUGAUGAGAAUUGAGACUUGGGCUGGGGAUCCAUACUUCUAUGUGCUGUUAAUUAGUCUAAUGCUGUAAUUUUAUUUGGGAUUCUUUUUUCAUAUCUGUAAAUGCAUACUUGUAGUUUAGAAAAAACAGUUUGCUCUGUGUUAUAGCAUCUUCUUUGGACAUCUGCGUAGUGCUGUAUUUGCCUCUGAGACUGGAUUUUCUACCUGAAUCAGCCUGUUUAUUCAAA